AAACCACAGCAAAACACAUGCUAAACUGCAACAUUUGCAGGUGCUGAGGGGCGCUCUGCUGUGCAAAAGUCGACUCAGUGCUGCACGCCAUCGCUGCGGCCCUUACGGCGCGGCAAAGCAAUGCGUCACGCAGCAGCCCUAUUGUGCCUCGUCGUCGCGCAAGUCAAUGCGCUUGCGAAGUCAACCCUGGGAAACACCACGGUCUACCAAACAUUACCUAGACUCGAAUGCAGCAAGGAAACCGACACAAACAAGGCCGCGGACGUCCGCGCCGAGCCGAUCAUUUUAUUCGUCCACGUCUUCAAGGCGGCCGGUUCUUCCGUGAGAGGCAUUUUCCGGAGGUACGCCGAGAAAUGCAAUAAGCGGUGGGCUUGUCUGGUCCAGUGCCAGAAGGGAGGGUCACCAAGAGGUGCAACAGUACCCUGUAGACUAAGGGAUAUGGUUAACCUCAACAGAAGGCUGGUCAUGGGCGAGGACGGGCGACGGAACCCUAGGACGGAGAAUUUGGGGGCUUUAUCUCAUAUUGUGGGAGGCCAUUUUCACUAUGGGAUGCAUAUGUUGGUACCACAGGGUAGAAAGUACUUUUAUGUUACGGUAGUACGAGAACCCCUCAGUACGUGGAUCUCGGGCAUGAGGUACCACGACAAGUCCCUGAAAACGGUGAGUGAUGUCCGCAAUGCGGCCGAGAAAUUUUUACCUCGAGGGUCGAACCGCUUCUAUCAAAAUGGUUUGACGUAUCUGGGGGCCGUCGAUGGUCUACCGUUGGGGCGGAAAGCCCCGAUGCCCGAGAAGCUCGUGUCGGCUUUGUCGAAUCUGGAGGAUGUCCUGGUGGUUGGGGUUGUUGAAAGUUGGCCGACCACUAUAGACCUGUUGCAGGCCAUGCUUGAUCCCACGGACCAGGCGCCGUACAUGUGGGACCGCUACCGUGAUAGUGCGAGGAAGAAAAACACGGCCUCGAAGUCCUUGUCGAGUGUGGACAUCGUUCGCGAUUUAAGAGGAGACGGCUACUGGGCUGAUAUAAGGCGGUUCCUGCUGUUCGAGAACGCCUUCUACGCCGCGGCGUUAGCUCGACACGCGUUGGCCUGCAAGCACGUGCUGGGCGAUGAUUGUAGAUUAAGACGCCAGGGCGGGCUUGGCGUGUUGUUGAACGCGUCGCUGCUGGCCCCUGAUUUACUGCCGUCGGGCGACAUCGACGCGGCGUCCCUCGUGAACAGCCAGCCGGAGAAACCGCGCGUCUCGCCCGUCGCCGUCGCGUCCGCGCACGCGGUGCUGGCGGAGGCGAAACGGCAGCGGGCGGUCCGGGACAAGCAGCGGAAGAAUCGGAAAAAGAAGAAGAAGCUCCUGCCCGUGACGGAGCAAUUAUAGUGUAGUGAAUUAACAGUCGUGUGAAC